AUGUUCGCUUCAAAGCGUCUGAGCAAGAUGCAAGAACAUGUUCCACCAGGCAUCGCGAUCGCCAAAUCCGAAAACCUCGAGGAAUGGCAGAUGGACAUCAAGGUCUUGGACGACAACCCGCUCUACCAGAACCAGACGUAUCGACUGAAGUUCACCUUUGGAAGCAAAUACCCCAUCGAACCCCCCGAAGUGCAAUUCAUCGAAUGCGCCGCCUCUUCCGACACUCCCCGCCCGAUCCCAAUUCACCCACACAUAUACAGCAAUGGCAUUAUCUGUCUGGACCUCUUGAGCUCCGCCGGCUGGUCCCCCGUCCAGACUGUUGAGAGCGUGUGCAUGAGCAUCCAGAGCAUGCUGACGGCGAACUCGCGCAACGAGCGACCGCCGGGGGACAGCGACUUUGUCUCGUAUAACCGCCGCCGCAUCCGCGAUAUCCCGUUCGUCUACGAGGACGACAACGUCUAA